CCCCGCCGCCGCGCCGCGGCCCGGCCCGAGCAUGGAGACGGCGGAGAAGGAGUGCGGCGCCCUGGGCGGGCUCUUCCAGGCCAUCGUCAACGACAUGAAGAGCUCCUACCCCAUCUGGGAGGACUUCAACUCCAAGGCCACAAAGCUGCACUCCCAGCUGAGGACCACCGUGCUGGCGGCCGUGGCCUUCUUGGAUGCCUUCCAGAAAGUGGCUGACAUGGCCACCAACACCCGAGGGGCCACGCGGGACAUCGGCUCGGCGCUCACACGCAUGUGCAUGCGCCACCGCAGCAUCGAGACCAAGCUGCGGCAGUUCACCAACGCGCUGCUCGAGAGCCUCAUCAACCCGCUGCAGGAGCGCAUUGAGGACUGGAAGAAGUCGGCCAACCAGCUGGACAAGGACCACGCAAAAGAGUACAAGCGAGCCCGGCACGAGAUCAAGAAGAAGUCCUCGGACACGCUGAAGCUGCAGAAGAAGGCGCGCAAAGGGAAAGGAGACUUGCAGCCCCAGCUGGACAGCGCCCUGCAGGACGUCAACGACAUGUACUUGCUGCUGGAGGAGACGGAGAAGCAGGCCGUGCGCCGCGCCCUGAUUGAGGAGCGAGGCCGCUUCUGCACGUUCAUCACCUUCCUGCAGCCUGUCGUGAACGGCGAGCUGACCAUGCUGGGAGAGAUCACCCACCUGCAGGGCAUCAUCGACGACCUGGUGGUGCUGACCGCAGAGCCCCACAAGCUGCCUCCCGCCAGCGAGCAGGUGAUCAAGGACCUGAAGGGCUCAGACUACAGCUGGUCCUACCAGACCCCGCCCUCGUCACCCAGCAGCUCCAGCUCCCGGAAGUCCAGCAUGUGCAGUGCCCCCAGCAGCGGUAGCAGUGCCAAGGGUGGCGGAGCCCCGUGGCCUGGGGGUGCCCAAACAUACUCACCCAGUUCCACCUGUCGCUACCGCAGCCUGGCCCAGCCAGCCACCGCCACCGCCACCGCCCGCCUUUCCAGCGUCUCUUCCCACGACUCUGGCUUCGUCUCCCAGGAUGCCACCUACUCCAAGCCCCCCUCACCCAUGCCUUCAGACAUCACCAGCCAGAAGUCCUCCAGCUCUGCGUCCUCUGAGGCCUCGGAAACCUGCCAGUCCGUCAGCGAGUGCAGCUCUCCCACCUCGGACUGGACCAAGGCUGGCCCCCACGAGCCACCCUCAGGCACCACACUGCAGCGCAGGAAAGACAGGGUGGAGCUCCUCCGAGACACAGAGCCAAGCCCAGCCAGCGGAGGCACCCCAGGCCCCCGGAUGUCCCCUGCCACCAUUGCAGCCAAGCAUGGUGAGGAGGUGUCCCCUGCGGCCAGUGACCUGGCCAUGGUGCUGACCCGCGGCCUGAGCCUGGAGCACCAGAAGAGCAGCCGGGACUCGCUGCAGUACUCGAGCGGCUACAGCACACAGACCACCACGCCCUCGUGCUCCGAGGACACCAUCCCCUCCCAAGGCUCUGAUUACGACUGCUACUCUGUGAACGGGGACGCCGAGAGCGAAGGCCCGCCCGAGUUCGACAAGUCAUCCACUAUCCCGCGCAACAGCAACAUCGCCCAGAACUACCGCCGCCUGAUCCAGACCAAGCGCCCAGCCUCCACGGCCGGGCUGCCCACCACGGGGCUGCCCUCGGGCGCACCCCCCGGCGUGGCCACCAUCCGCCGCACGCCCUCCACCAAGCCCACUGUGCGCCGCGCCCUGUCCAGCGCUGGCCCCAUCCCCAUCCGGCCGCCCAUCGUCCCUGUGAAGACACCCACGGUGCCCGACUCCCCCAGCUACGUGGGACCCACGCGGGCGGGCAGUGAGGAGUGCGUGUUCUACACCGAUGAGGCCGCCUCACCCCUGGCACCAGACCUCGCCAAGGCCUCCCCGAAGAGGCUCAGCCUGCCCAACACAGCCUGGGGCAGCCCAUCCCCCGAGGCAGCCGGCUACUCAGGGCCAGGAGCCGGGCUGGCGGCCGAGGACGACGAGCAGCGGCUGGCCGCCAACCGGCACAGCCUGGUGGAGAAGCUUGGGGAGCUGGUGGCAGGUGCCCAUGCCCUGGGGGAGGGCCAGUUCCCCUUCCCCACAGCCCUGUCGGCCACACCUGCAGAGGAGACACCCACCCCGCCUCCAGCGGCCACCAGUGACCCCCCAGCUGAAGACAUGCUGGUGGCCAUUCGGCGCGGGGUCCGGCUCCGCAGGACCGUCACCAACGACAGAUCGGCUCCCCGCAUCUUAUGAUGGCACCACCUCCCCACCCUCUCUGGCCCCGGUGCGAGCAGGCGGCCUGGUCUGUGAGCAGCGGCCGCCCAGAGCGGAGACCCAGCCAGGGGCGAGGACAGAGCCAGGGAAGAGGCAAGGCCACUUUGUGGAACAAGACACCCGGCUUGGAUUUCCGUGUUUCAGCAGGAAGCAACUUCAACAAACCUUGCCUGGUCCGAGCCUGCAGGCCGUGAACUGGUUUUGGAGCCUGUUCUAUAGCCCCUUGCCUUGCCUGCCCCUCCACAUCCUCCCUGCAGGCCCUGCCUCUCCCCAGCAAGUGCACAGUAGAGGGGCCCAGCCAGCCUUCCUUACCAUCCCAGCCCUACCCUGGCCUGGGGUCCGCACCGGAGCCAGCUGCUCCCAGAGUCUUCCCUGAAUGCUGGCUCCCUCCCCGCCCCUGCUAACACCUCACUCACCUCCCUUCUUGCCACUCUGCCUGUCCCAGGCCCCUUCCAGCUGGAGACAGGAGGCUGUAGAGGGGUCAGGUUCCCAGUCAGUUGGGGUUAGGAGAGUGGGUUGGAAGUUGGAGGCCGGGGCCACCCAUGAAGGGGAAGUGUUGAGGCCCUCAACAGGGCCUUCCAGGGGGCUUAGGGGACCCUAAGGGAGCUCCCUUCUCCCCACGAGGUGGGACAGGCUGGGUUGAGGGCCAGGUGGGGCAGCAGGGACAGGAGUCCCGAGGCCCUGGGGUCACCUGGCCAGCGGCACCACUGUUUGCAGGUAUCCAGUUUUCAGCUGGGUCUAUAAGGCAUUAACUCGUGGCACUUUGGAGUCACAGUUUCAGCCACCUCUGGAGGUGGAGCCUGGAGUGGGGGGGGGGGGGGGUAUUUUAUGAAUAUAAUAAAAUGGAACGGACUCCGGAUGAGGACUACAUGGGGACGAGGUGAUGGAACAGGGUAUAUGUCUGCCAGUGCCUGAAGGGCAAGGCCCACGGUGGCCUGCUGGGCCCACAGCAGGAGAAGGGUGGGACAGGCUCCCCAGAAGCCAGAGGAGCUGUCGCUCUCUCCAGUGUCCUGAGCAUAGCCAAAAUAAGCGUGGGGAGCGGAAGGCCCCCAGGGCCUGCCUGCCGUGGUCUGAGUGGACUGCAGGCUCAGGGUCAAGCAGUGAGUCCGGGAAGAUUGGCUUUGACUCUCUGUUGCCAGAGGAGAUGCCAUCCCGGGAUGCGGGGCUGGGGAGGAGCAGGGCUCUUGCCCAAGCCACCGGUGUGAGCAGGAGAAAGCAUGUGAGCCUAGGGCGAGUGGAGGGAUUCCAGGUGGACCCACAGGUUGGUAGAGCAGCAGGGAUCUGAGGAUGACAGGGGUCGCAAGAGUAGGCUGUCCUUGGUCUGGGUGGCGUAGUUGGAGCUGACCCCCUGCCCCAGGCUCAAAGUCCUAGGAAUUCCAGCAGGCGAGCCAGGAAUGCCCCUGCGUGGACAGAACUCCUACAGGGCUCCCCAAGGCUCAGGGUGGGAGUGGGGCUUGGAAGUCACUGGGGCCAAGAACUGCUCCUAGCGCUUGGGCUUGCAAGCACAGGCUGACGCCAGGGCUCAGAGGGCAAGGUUUCUGGUGCACCUUCCCCCUACAGGGUUGCCUCAGGGACCGCCAGGUGGGCUGCCCAAGGGGGAUGCAGGAUGUGAGGGGCAGUGGUGGGCAGGCCUGGCCUCUGCUUCCAGGGGUGUGGCCAGGCCUAGACAACCCUGUGAGAAAGAGCUCAUGGGAGAUCGGGGGGGGGGGGGGGUUUCCACAGGGUGGAGGCCUGACUGAUGGGAAGGAAAGCCGUGGCUUCCCAGAGAAGCGGUGGGUGGCACAGUUCUCCCCUGCCCCAUCCACCUCCCUGCUCCCCUCCGGGUCCUCCCAGGCUGUAUAUACUCCACCCUCCCCCACCCCGCCCUCCCUGUGACUGCCCCACGCUGCCCUGCUGUCCACUUAGUGACCACCUUGUAGGCCCACCCCCCGGGAUCCGAGCCAACCAUCCCACUUCACAGACUUUGGUUGGGGGAAUUCUUCACUUUCAUUUUCUUUCUCAUUUUGUACAGAGAAAUAUUCUUUUCAAAAGCGUCUUUGGACUGAAGUAACUUUUCUGGUGCUGUUAACUUGUUCCUUUUUUUUUUUUAAUUUAUUUUUCCACCCCAGGCCACAACUCCUGGUUCCUACUCACCCUUUCUCAUCUCCGCCCCUCCAUCCACCUGCACCAUUUUGUUUCUUUUCUGUCAGUUUUUUGGAAAAAUUCUCUCCUGCCAGCCCCCUUCACUCUGUCCUCCCCUUGAUUUCAAUAGUCACUGCUACAAGUAACAAAUGCACUGUGAAGAUCCCAGUAUUAAUAAAGUUGUACUGUAAUUAACA